CGGAGCAACUCACCCGCGGUAUGUAUAUGCCGCUCCGCGCGACCGCAUUCGCCGGCCUCUGCCUCGGUCUCAAGCUCUUUGGCUUGCGCGUUGCCGAGACGGGCUGCUUCGGCCUCCUGCUCGGCAGCGGCCGCUGCCUGUCGCCGCGUGAGGCGAGCCUCGAUGCUGUGUCGCUGCUCUUGCCGGCGGCCGACACGUUCGACGCGGCGACGUUCGUGCUCGCCGGCGAGGUAUUCCUCGUGGUCUUCCUCGGCGCCGUCGAGAUGGGGCUGGUCGAGGCGGUGGCGGAGGUGCCCGCCCAGUGGCUCGCCGCGCAGCACUUCUGGCUGCUCGCGCAGGCGGCUCAGGUGGCAGCCUCGGCCCUAUUUCUCCGCGGACAGCUCGGCGCGACCGCCGGCGCCGUCGGCGCCACCGCCCUUGCGCACGCCAGCCUGGGCUCGCGCUUGGUCGCCCUCGAGCCGCUGUCGCAGAUGCUGCUGGGAGGGCCCGUGUGGCUGCACGCGGGCUGGGCGUGGCCCCUCUCCCUCAUUCACCUCCACAUGGCCCUCAGCGCCGAACCCACUGCCGAGACCGCCG